GAGCAAGAACUAACAAACUCGAGUGGUCUCUUGUCGAACGCUCUUUCCAGCGUUGCCAUCCUGGGGUCAAAAACAUGAAAGUUAUUGCAAAUCGUGGAUGGUAUUGUUUGGGCCAUUGUUUUAAUAAAAUUUAAUUUUGAGCUGAGUCUAAUGUAGAAAUUCAUUUUGUAUCAGAAAAUUGGCAUCCUAUGUGUUAAUAUGUCGGAAUAGGAGAUGAAAAGUAAAAGGACAGUUGGCAUCUGUUGAAUUUUGUAGUUCAUGUUUUACCGAGGCUUGAAGAAUGUCGAAAAGGAGCUCUGAUGGGGCCGUCACAAAAGUGUUUCACCUUGCCCAGGGUCUCCUCAGUCAGUUGACAAAGCUUCUACCAACAAAGAAGGAGAUGAAGCGCCAAAGAGACAAAAGAUAAUGAUUAAUUACACAGAUAAACAGUUUAAACCUGGAGAGAAAAGUGAAGCAUUAUUGAAAAAAGGAAUUCAGAUGAAACUUGGUAGUGGCCAGAAAUCUUCACAAGGAACAGGAGUUGUUCAACCACAGUCAAAGUCUGUAGCAGCUGUGUUCAAUGUGGAUGAAGAAGAAGAACCCAAAGAAAUGCCUCCAGAGGCACGCAUGAGGAUGCGAAAUAUUGGCAGGGAAACACCUACAUCUGCAGGACCAAAUUCAUUUGGCAAAACAAAACAAGGUUUUUGUGAUGCUAAAAAAAUGUUUGAAAAGAACAUGAAGAAGGCCAUGGAUAGUUCAGAGAGUGGGAAGGAUGCAGAUUGAAAUAUGUAAUUUUUAUGUCAAUAGUAGGGUUUUAAAAUAAUUUACGUUGUCAGCUGUAAUUUAAGUUAAAAGAGUUGGCAAUGUCUUUGUUUCCUCAUUCUAUUAUUCUUGGUUUGUUCAUCCUGUGCGAUGAGUUAUAUCCAAAGGACAUUUAUAUAACUGUGACAAUUGUUUACAAAUUACUUUGAGUGAUUGAGAAUUACUUUUACAUUAUGAAUACUGAUUUCUUUAUUUAAAACUUUGUAUAAAGUUACAGAUUUCUAGUUUGCAAAUACAACUUAGUUAAUACUGAGAUUAUAUGAUGAGUAAUUUAAACGAAUUGUUCUUAUAGUACAAUUGCAGUUGAUAUUUCUUAUUAUACAGGUCUGUUAUUGUACAGAGUUUCAUAAGCUUACUGGUAGAGAAAAGCACGUAUCAAUUGUUGAUAUUUCCAUUUAAGAGAUGAAGUCAAUCAAAAUUUUUGGUAGGCUGUGAUAUACAUUUUUACUUGAUUUUUGUAAAGUUUAUGUUAAUUGUCAAUUUUCAGAAAUCUGAGUGUGAUUCACAUUCUUUUAAUCUAUUAUUAAAUAGUCAGAAAAGCCUGUACUGUUAUGUUAUAUAUUGUAUGUUCUAAUUGAACAAUGAAAACUUUGUAAUGCGUACAAAGUAAUUAAAUGUUUCUGUGUAUGGGCUCAAUAACUAAUUACAACAUUGGGUGUUGUAUACAAUGAACAUGUCACUUCUCCAUAAAAUCUUGUAUAUCAAUAAAUUAAAAAUUGAAAAAGUCA